AUGGGCUUUCUGGGCAUACGUCUAUCGCGUCAGCCGAUUCAUGGCAAAGGUAAACUGGUACAUGCUUUGCUCAUUAUCCUCAUCAUUAUGUUAACGUGCUUUGGACUGUUUGCCAAUCGGUUUACGUUGCGGGGCCGACAGCGUUUCGUCUUUUCGAAGAAAAUAUUGGCGUAUGCCAUGAUGGUGACAGCGAUAUUUACGAGCAUUUACGUAAGACAGAUAUACAAGGAUUAUAUGAACUCGGAUCUCAAUCUACGGGAUGCUGUCAAGCUAUAUAGCUAUAUGAAUAUCACGGUGGCGACUAUUAACUUUUUCACCCAAAUGAUAAUGAGCAAAACGGCUGGCGAAAUGAUGAGCACAGUUCCCUUAUUUCAGACAUUGAACGAGCUGCAUAUCGAGAGUGGAGCGAUAAGGAAGUCCGUAAUGUUGGCGUUAAUUAAAGUACUGGGAUUUCCGCUAGUUCUGGAGAUUGCCUUGGUCAUGCAACAGAGGCGAAAUGAACCGGAUGCCCAUUGGACCUGGACUCUCUACAAGUUGUUUCCAAUGAUUAUAUCAAACUUUUUAAACAAUUGCUACUUUGGUGCCAUGAUCAUAGCGAAGAACAUCGCCGAAGCCGUCAAUGAUAGGCUGAAAAUGGUUGUCGACCAGGUGAAUUCUAUGCAAAUGCCGAUAAAUAGAGAGCACUAUUCGAAAUACUACUGCAUACAGAGGUACUGCACCUUAGCGGAUGAGCUUGAUGACCUGGCAAUCAAGUACAAGAUUAUAUGCGUAAAGAGUACCGAGUAUAUGGCUCUAAUGUCGCUCUCGAUAAUUCUAUCGUUGAUUUGUCAUCUGCUCGGCAUUACGGUUGGAGUUUUUAAUCAAUACUAUGGCAUAGCCGAGUCUGUCAUUGGAGGCAAGCAAUUCGAUGGAUUUGGUGCACUCAUCAAUUUAGUUUUUCUAACUAUAUCAAUUUUGGAAAUAGCCCUACUGACUUAUGUGAGCAAUGACAUCCUACUUGUAAUUCGAACCACGGGCUCCUCUCUGCAAGAGAUCAAUUUACAAAAUGCCGAUUGGCGAUUUCGACAAAGUGUUCACGCAUUCGCCCUUCAAAUCAAUACAAUCAAAUAUAAAAUCAAGCCCAUGGGGUUGUUCGAAAUGGAUAUUUCUCUCAUGACUAGUGUGCUCUCAGCUGUAGCCAGUUUUACGCUUAUACUCGUCCAAUCCGAUCUCUCCCAGCGGUUCAAGUAG